UGCAAUUCCAAAGUGAUUGAUCCCCAUCUGUAAAACCCACCAAAACCCUCCCUCUUUUCUACAAAACACACUCAUUUCUUUCAUUUAAUUAUAUCAAAAUCAAUCAAUGGCGUCUGUGGCAUUCAGGAACCCUAAUUCAAAACAUGUAUUCAGACUAUCUUCACAAUUGCGAUCCGGAUGUAGAGGAUCCAUUUUAUCAGUUUCUUCGGGUUUACUAAACACUGAUUCGAUUUCCGGAAAUGACAAGGCCGUUUUUUCUUCCACUAAUCCUUGGUGGAGAUCCAUGGCCACUUUUACCAGAACGAAACCUCAUGUUAAUGUUGGAACAAUUGGACAUGUUGAUCAUGGAAAAACAACACUGACGGCUGCAAUUACAAAGGUACUGGCAGAUGAAGGUAAGGCUAAAGCUAUUGCCUUUGAUGAAAUCGACAAGGCCCCUGAAGAGAAAAAGAGAGGAAUUACAAUUGCGACGGCUCAUGUGGAAUAUGAAACUGCUAAAAGGCAUUAUGCUCAUGUAGAUUGUCCAGGACACGCUGAUUAUGUUAAAAACAUGAUUACUGGAGCUGCUCAAAUGGACGGUGGAAUUCUUGUUGUGUCUGCACCCGAUGGACCCAUGCCACAAACAAAGGAGCAUAUUCUUCUUGCACGACAGGUGGGUGUGCCGUCACUUGUUUGCUUUUUAAAUAAAGUUGAUGCAGUGGAUGAUCCUGAGUUACUUGAACUUGUUGAACUAGAACUCCGAGAGCUUCUUAGCUUCUACAAGUUUCCUGGGGAUGAAAUUCCCAUUGUACGUGGUUCAGCCUUGUCAGCUUUACAAGGCAAUAAUGAUGAAAUUGGAAAGAAUGCCAUCUUGAAAUUGAUGGAAGCUGUAGAUAAUUACAUACCCACACCUGAACGCCAAAAGGAGAAGCCAUUCUUGAUGCCAAUAGAAGAUGUUUUCUCAAUUGCGGGGCGUGGUACUGUUGCCACUGGUCGUGUUGAACAAGGGACUAUAAAAGUUGGAGAGGAAGUUGAGAUCAUGGGAUUGAUGCAGGGUUCCAAAAAAACUACGGUUACUGGUGUUGAGAUGUUCAAGAAGAGCUUAGAUCAUGGAGAAGCUGGCGAUAAUGUGGGUCUUCUUUUACGUGGUAUCAGUAGGACUGAUAUCCAGCGAGGACAGGUGAUUGCAAAGCCUGGUAGUACAAAAACCUACACGAAGUUUGAGGCAGAAAUAUAUGUUCUCACAAAGGACGAAGGUGGGCGUCAUACAGCUUUCUUCUCAAAUUACAGACCUCAGUUCUAUUUGAGGACAGCUGAUGUCACUGGGAAAGUAGAUUUGCCUGAAAACGUAAAGAUGGUUAUGCCUGGAGACAAUGUCACUGCUGCUUUUGAACUUAUUACACCCGUUGUUCUUGAACCAGGACAAAGAUUUGCGCUGAGGGAAGGAGGCCGAACAGUGGGGGCAGGAGUAGUUUCAAAGGUGAUAAGCUGAUAAACAGGGAACAAACAUUGCUUUUACAGUUUAGUUUUUAUUCUGUCUAUUUUGUUCACUUGAUUCUCAGGAAGAGGUAAGAAACAUAAAAUUUGCAACAUUUGUUUGUUGUUUGUCUUUAUUCAAGAGCAAUUGAAGUCUUGCGAAUCUAGAGAGUUUCCAUC